UAAGCUUUAUUAAACUUUAAACAUUUAAAGUAUAAAAUUAGAAGUUCGAAGUGCAGUUCUUAUUGUGUUUAUUUUAAAAGUUUACCCGAAUAAUGUUUGUAAAAAUAUUUUGUAUUGAUGUUUAUAACUUUAUAUGAUUCGAUCAAAUCUUCAAAUAGCCAAUUUCCAACUUUCCUACUUUCCAAUAUGCAAAUAGAAAAUGAAAAAUUAGAUUUGCAACAUCUUUUUGGAAAUGAAACUAACUUUUUGAUAAAAGCCAAGUUGAAUUAUGAGACAAUCGAAGGAUCUUCAAAUGAUUUUUACAUAGAAGAGUCAAUAUAUAGUGAUGAAAGAAACAGAAUUGUAACUUUAAUCAAUCAUGAAGCAAAUCCAAUAGAAAUAUUUCGUCAAUUCGAAACUCAACGUAUUGAGCUGGUCUGUUUUCCAUUCAAACACUGUUAUCGUGAUGGAGAUUUGUGGAAUUACCAAUUUCAUAGUGAACAUGAAAUGGUGACCCGAAUCGUGAAAAGCGCACUAUUGAUGGGACCUUAUCGUAUAAUAUCAUAUUUUGCCAAUGGCACAAAUAACAAAAUUAGUCGAUGGGUCCAUACUGGUGAUGGAUCGAUGCAAUAUUUAGAAAUGACUUCAGUAUUUUCAGAUCGGCAUAACAAAAAGUUGAUGGGCUUGAAAAAUGCUCUAAAAAUCAUUAUUACUGAAGGACACGAUCGAAAUGUGACGUUAUAUAUAACACAGGUGGAGCCUUUUAAAAAGAUAACUAUUGAAAAGCUAGAUGGAGGUUGCACUUCCCAAGUGACUGUAUCCAUAGGUUCCAGAAAAAAUCUUUUUACCAUCGCAUCAGUGGAUUCGGUUUCAUCAAUAAAGAUUAGUGAUGGAAAGUUGAAUGAUCGUGAAUUGGUCUACGAUUAUAAAUUUGGUAUGAAAUAUACUUUAUCCGGCUCAAAUGAAUGUGCAAUCGAAUUCGGCGAUGCUCCAGAUGAAUUAAUUUAUGCAAAUCCCGAUUAUUAUGGGAGUGAAUCAUACUUUCCAAAGAACCCGGUUGCUUCAUACAGCAAUAAGUUUAUGGUGAAAGCUGAAUACAAUAAAGUGAUCAACAAUGUCAAUUAUGACUUGGUUGUAACAACUUUCUCGAGGCCUUCACCUAAUCCGAUAUCAUCCAUUUAUAGCUUUUAUUGGUUUGCAAAUUUGUCCAUCGAACAAAAGCUGUAUUCAAAAUAUGGAACAAAUCAGGAAUCAUUUCAAUACGAUUAUAUUGAAUCAAGAGUGAUAUCUUUCUCAAGAGAAAUUUGGGUUUUCGAUAGAAAUUUAAAUGAAAUAGUCAAUUUGAAUGAUCGAUGUUUCAAAGAGAGGAAAGAAGCAAUCAUCCUCAAUUUAAAGAUUUCAUUAUUAGAUCAGUCAACCUCGAGAGAACUUCAUACUGCGCUCGCGAGUAUUCUUGGAAUUAAGAAUUAUCUACGAAGAUUGAUCAUGGAUAAACUGGAAAUAUCAAGUUUGAGGAUAAACUUUAUCAAAUUCAACUUUUUUCAUACCAACAUUAUGGCAAAAGUUGAGAUUUUUGAUUCAAUUUUUAUUGACUUUUUAAAGAAAAGAGGAGUUUCGCAUAAAUUCAAUAUCAAAUCAACUGAAUCUGGUCAGAUUCACACAUCAACAAUUGAUGAAUGUUUACAUCUUGAAGCUUCUAAAUCCAAUCUAAGUGAUGUCAUAACUUGUAAAACUCGCGGAGAUUAUUUAUGCCUUGGAAUUGCUAAUGGAAACUCAUUACCAGAUGAAGAUAACAAUGGAUUGGAUUGCAUGGUGUUUAGCAAUUCAGAUCAGAGUUUAUCCAGACUAUCGAGAGAAGCUCCUUUGAAAGUAAUUGAAAAAUCUUACCUCAAUUUGAAUGGAAGUAAAUUCAACGCUUACGAUAUUAAAUUGGUUGUUGUUGAUAUUACGAUUGGAGAUGGUAUUCGCCUUGAUAGUCUAGAAAAGACGAAAUCGAACUCAACGCACGCAUUUCUCUUCAUAUUUUCUAUAUUGAUCAAUAUUGUGAUAUUUGUUAAGUUUGCGUUAGACUAUAAACAUUCUCAACGUCGAUUUCGUCCUCUUAAGGACACAGUUUCAAUUAAAUUGGAUAAUUUGAACAACUGAUUUCAUAAAAUAUUUCAAGAAAACAUAAUAUAUCAAAGAAAUGUUUGAAAUAUUGAAAUGUUAUAGGAAAUAAAAUUUCAAAACUCAUCUCAAAAUCAAUUCAUUAAUGUCUUCCUUCAUGCAUUUGCGCCAAAAUUCUGAAUAAAAGUACAAUUGAAUAUUUA